AUGGACGCUAUAGUAAAGAACGCUAUACAGCAAUUUUGUGAAGAAAAUAACAUCUUGCAGGAUUUUCAACAUGGCUUCCGGAGAGGACGUUCCUGCCUCUCAAAUCUGCUAGCUUGUCUGGAAAUCUGGACCAGGGCUCUAAAAGAGGGUUUUGAGGUCGAUGUCGUGUACAUCGAUUUCCGCAAAGCUUUUGACACUGUCCCACACCAACGUCUUCUUCACAAAUCGAGCGACAUCGGCAUCCGGGGAGAUCUUCUGAACUGGAUUAGGGCGUUUCUGGUUGGUCGGAAACAGCGUGUCUGUGUCGGGGAUGAUAUGUCAGAAUGGGUGAAUGUGACCAGUGGUGUGCCGCAAGGCUCAGUUCUGGGACCAUUGCUCUUCAUCCUUUACGUUAACGACAGCCUUCAGGAAAUCGAUUGCGGCAAAAUCAUGUUUGCGGACGACGUUAAGCUCUGGCAAGUCAUUAAGGGUCCGAAUGAUCAGAGAUCCCUUCAAGAUAAUCUGCACCGACUGCAAGCGUGGUCGAAGAAAUGUCUUCUAGAUUUCAAUGUGGAGAAGUGUGCCGUCCUUCAUCUGCGUCCAACCAACUGUCAUUCAAAUGAGAGUCUGAGGACUUAUCACCUGAAAGAUAAACGGCUCCCCGCAGAAUCUUCACAGAAAGAUCUCGGGGUUUGGAUACAGAACAACCUGAAGCCAACACUGCGGUGCCACAAGGCUGCAAAAAACGCCAUGGGAGUGUUGCAUGCAAUAAAAAGGGCUUUCGUGAAUUUUGACCAAGACCUUUUUGGGAGAGUUUACGGCACAUUUGUUCGGCCUCACUCAGAAUAUGGCAUACAAGCAUGGCGGCCGCGGCUGGUAAAGGACCAAGAAUGCCUCCAACGGGUACAUCGGCGCGCAACAAUGCUGGUAAACGGUCUUAAAAAGCCAUUCCUACACAGACAGACUGAAUUGCCUUAAUUUAUUCCCUCUGUGUUACAGGCAGCAAAGAGGUGAUCUUAUCCUCGUCUACAAGUUGCUACAUGGCCUUGAUUAUGGACUUAAAUUUGAAGACAUGUUUCAGUGGCACCUUUCACCCAAUCUUCGUGGUCACUCGAUGAAGUAAUGGACAACAAUGUCCAGGCUGAAUCUUCAUUCUGAUUUUUCACGCAGAGGGUAGUGGAGAAAUGGAACGAUCUCCCUCAGUCGGUCGUGGAGGCUACGUCCCUGCAACUCUUCAAGAAACGCUUGGAUGAUUAUUUGUGUCCCCUGUUUUCCCUCGAUGGUCUGAAUCUGAACUAAUACCCCUGGUCCUCACAAAUAUUUUCUCCGAGACAAUGCUAAUCAAAGGAACCAAGUACUGUUUUAAUAGUGAAUAUUUUUUGUUCGUGUACAGUUAUUUCUAACGAUAUGACAUGUAAUCAAUAGGGUUUUCAAAGGCUUUACCUAUUAUCCUUACCAAAUAAACUGGAAUAAACUGAAAUUUAUGUCAAAAAAGAGAAAGGCGCCAUUUGCGACACCACUGGACGAGGACCUGUAGGUCGCUGUUUAGGAGCCGAAGCACGAUGCCAUGAUCUGCCGCCUUAUGCCUGUAUGCAACAUCCACAUCAUCGGCAGACAUGAUGGGCUUGAUAUUCUGAAGUAAAUCAGUCACGUCGUUGACAAAAGAGGCAAAAUAAUAUGGGCCACGUAAACUGUCCUGAAUGACUCCACCGCUCACGUUUGGGGGUUAGUGAUAACAUUGGAAAUCUUAACCUGUUGAGUGCGGGUGUCCAGGCAAGACAAUAGCGAAUUCGAGAGCUGAUCACAUAUUCCGAAAAAGGAAAGUUUAAAGAGGAGAAGAGCAUAAUCAACACGAUCGAAAGCCUUAGUGGAACCAACAUAAACUGCGUAAAGUGCACAACUAUUGUCCCUAGGUUGGGGAACAUGAUAAAAGGAAGAGUGCUGACAGGUGCCACAAGACUGAGCUUUGAGGAAUCCAUGCUGUGUAGCGCUCAGCAGGUUAUUCUUAGUCUCAUCUCAAAACUGUGAGGAGGGUGUUUUUUGGUCAAAAGAAAUCAACUGACGUAGAAUGACCGUGUUUGGGAAUGGGCAAAAUGUAUGAUUCCUUCCACAUAGAAGAAUAGGUUUCGCUUUCAAGAGCAAAUAUUUUGCAUAAGACUGACGGGAAAAUUUCAUUUCCGGGACACCAUUAAGUCCCGGGAUAUAAGAUUGACGAAAACGCCAAAUCGCAACAAUCAAGUCCCACAGGGUCAAAGCUAUAAUUUCGAGAACUGCCCCGGUCGAUAGCUUGAUGGUCGAAGACGGAGCGGCCGAGUUUUGAACAAACGUUUUUGACAGGAAAGCAUUGAAACUAUCAGCGGUCAACUGGGCAUCGGCAGUGGGAUUCUUGAAAGCGUCUCGAGGUUGCGAUGCCACCUUUCCCUGUAAUUUCGUGCUUUUCGAGAGAAAAAACUCGCGAUGUCUAACGAGUGGUUUUUGGAGAACUGCAUCUCUCCGGCUAGUUGUAUUUCUGUGGAAAAUCCCUUAGCCUGCUCAGAAAUAUCAAAUAUCGAGGCUCGGACGGAAACGCCAUUCUGAUGAUGGAAUCGACGAGCAAGCUUGCGCAACCUAUGGCGAAAGUGCAAGAGAAGGACGACCACAUUCUCGACGUUAAUUAUUUUUUUACGGGGACCAGGACGAGAAAUAAGCGGACCUAAAAUUUUGCACAGUUUGGCAGUGCGAACAUUUACAUCGAACUUGGAAAGAAUUAAUCCCUUCGUAGGAAUUUAUGAUAUGUUAAUAAUUUGGCUGAGCGGGCUGAUCGGAAAUCGAAGAAGCAAUACCUUGGGGACAAAAUUGGUCAGCCCGGAGUUCUUACAUGGAAAAAAAUAUGUUGUGGUAUGAGCUCAAGAAUGGGCCUAGGGAUGAUGCUAAAAAAUGCAUGAAACCUCUACAGAAAAGAAGGUUAUGUGUGCAUGAUCAUCGGGUUGGAAAUAGACAACCUGACUCCAAAUCCCAAAAUCCACAGCCUCCUGUGUGUCUUGGAAAUUUUAAUGCCAGAAAGCGGAGACCAGCGGACUUCAGGAAAAUUAAAGCCCCCUGCAACCAACUGAUAUUUAAAGCUUAAUUCGGCUGCAGCGUGAAAUGCCUGUGACAUACAACGAUCAACUUUCUCACUGGCGUUAGGUGAGCGAUAGAUACAGCCGACGAGUAAGAAGAACGUAUUUUGAAGCAAACUGAAGCCAGCAGCAGUCUUCUACAGCGGAAAAACUCUAGAGGUCCACGGGCAGAAAUGCAAGUGUUUGCUUAACAUAGGCGCAGCUUCCCCCACCACGACUGUCUUGAUGACCAUUUCGAAUGCAAGUACAGCAUAGAAGAGAGAGUUCGGAGUCAGGUAUGGAAGCUGCUGCCCAUGUAUCAGUUACCAAAACAAUAUCUGGGCAGUGGACGAACAUUCAGGUCUGCAGCAAAGACAUCUUAUUUAACUGGGAUCCGGUGCUAAGAACAAAAAUGUCUACGUUUAUGUAUUUCCUUCUCAUCCUUUUAUAUUGCAACCCAUUAUUGUGCAAACUGAAUGUCGUCGACCGUAGCUAAACCAGAAAUUUUCAGCGAGUGCUUAUGCGGAGACUACUUCCUCGUUCUAGAUUUGUUAUAUUUGUCACGAUAGACAUAUAUUACCGAACAUAAAAUUUUCACUGGUCAGAAACUCACGGCUGAUCCUUGCCCCCAAUUUCACAUUUAUUCUAGUUUAAAUCUUCCACUUAUGGAUAUUUUCACACAAUUUCAUCGAAAAAUGUCACUUAUAACUCCUCCAGGAGCAUUUUAUCGCCUCUCUGCAUUUUUGCUUCGUUUUGUGGACUCCAAAAUAUGCUUACGUUUAGAAUAAUUUUGCACUUUCAAACAGAACUUCAUCUGAAAUCAACGCGCGCAGCACGAUUUUUUUAAAGUAGUGAAAUUUAUAUUUUUAAUUCGAGUUCUUAGUCUCUUGCACAGUUUUCCAGUCUGCAUCUGGAAAAAAUUGCAAUUUUUGGUCAUAAGUCAUCUGAGCUUCCCGUCAUGAUUUGUCAGUUUACUGUAAAGCGAAAAUAAAGUGCCAAAGUUUAUCACACAGCGUAGCCUCAAUCCUAUGAAGCUUUAUCCACAUUUAAAGGGUUUUUCAUUGCAAAAUUUUUAAAUUAUUUUAUUUUGGACGAUAAUCCAUCUCCGCUGUCUGCUUUUAUUGUCAAUUUAUUUACUACCAAGUGAACUAUACUGUCCUCUAUUUUAUCCUACAUAGCCUCAUUAUUAAUAGAAAUUUUACUCACAGUUUUGGUUUGCCACCUAAGAAAUUUUCCUUUAACAGUUUUUGAUUUUGCUUUAUGUUUCUAAGUAAAAUUGCUUAGUAAUAAUUUUGCUGUCUGGUCUACCAAUAUUGACAGCUUUUAGAAUUUUUUUCAUCAUACAUAUCUUCGACCUUACAUGUUCGAAGUUUGGAUAAGAGUCUUGUUUCGCUUUUUCGACAUGGAAACUCAGGCAACUCUUGGACAAAAUCUGACGGAAACUUAAAUCCAAGCUUCUCAUUCGUAACCCAUUGUCAAUCGGUAAAAAAUAUACCUAGGAUCGCUCGAAAAUUGCAACAAUUAUAUGUCUUGUUACGGAUUAAUUUUUUCUGUGCUUGGUGCCCUUCUUGAAGGAAAGUUGCCACUACUUACGUCUCAGCAGGGCUAGAAGCUCAUGCCUCUCAUUGAUCUGGUUGCUUGUGAGUCCGAAGAUAGGCACAAACGAAGUUUAAACUCUAAUUUAAAUAAAAGUUUCUAAAACCAAAGUGCCAAUUGGUGUCUCCUUUCGCUUUCUUAAUUUUGGUGGAUUCAACUUUAGGGUCGCUGAAGCUAAAAGACUUUGAGCUAAAAACAAAAAAUCUACCAAUUCUUGUCGAACUAUUUGCUUUGAUCGAUGUGGACUUUAUUUUCUCGCAUUUGAGCGCUCAGCUGAAUAUCUUAGAGUAAAUAACCUUUUCAAUAGUAGGGAUAAAACUCCACUGCAACGAAUAGUUCCUCCCCCAUUAACAAACGUAAAGCGACCCCAAAAUUCUACUCAUCUGCCUUUUGCCUCUAAAGCAGUUUAUCCAUCGGGCGUCAACCAAAUCCCCCCUAUCUGCAGCGGCUUCAGUUCCAUCUAGCUCUUCAAUUGAGCACACUAUCACAGAGUCAGUUAAAACCAGCCACUUUAAAACGCCUCCAGGAAGCAAGGAGUACUCAAAAGCUGCCCCCAAAUUUACCAGGGCACUUGAUCUUAACAGUAAAGAUGAGUCAAUCCUAGAAGCACAGCCGACCAGGGUUCAGAAUAAUGAAUUAGUUAGUUAAUCUGGGUUUAGUCCAUCCCGUUCCCGCGCCAGGCCACUCAGGUCUGACCUAGCUGUUAGGUCAAAUAAGCCAGGAGAUAAUUUAGGGAGAUCUUAACUUGUUCCUAUUCCUACUUCUCAAAAUAACGAAAACACCCCAGUUGGUGUUGCUUAUAAUUUUUCCAUUUCCAUUGUUAUCCUGAUACCCAAAAUAAUAAUAAGCUGUUUCUCGAAACCAUUUAGUCCGUUAUCUAACAUUAACUAUUCCUCAUAUUAUGCUCAAAAUUCACAUGAUCCUAUUUUUAUGCCUUCUGUUUUUCAAACCCCACAAAAUAGCAUUCUUCUUCCUGGAUCCUUCAGAAAUGUGUUUCCCUACAAGGUUGCAUCUGUAGUUAGUGGUAAUGUCCCUACAAAUUCCAGACCAUCGGCUCAUUAUCAGUUCACAUAAGAAUCGUUGGAAUAUUUGAUUUAGUUUCGAAAAUGAAGCUCGAGCGAGAUAGACGUAGCGAGUCCUUAGUUAUUAAUGGCAUGAAUGCUUCUAAAUCAGUUACUCCGAUCUUCCGUCAAAGAUCAUCUGCUAAGUCCCACCAAGUCAUUCUGCAUUUGCCUAGUACCAACGAUAAUUUCUUUACAGAGGAGUCAAGCAAAGCAGAAAAGUCAAAUUCAUUCUUUGCCACUAAUUUCACCACUGAACACGACACAAUCCCUUCAACUCCUCCGUUGUAUGAUGCCUCCCUCAGCUUCAUUAAUUUUUCUCCUGAACGUAUUCGAAAACUGAUAAUCCAUCCUGCUUACUCACACCCAGUAGGUACGGAAAAUAUUCCGAACUGUUUUAUAAAACAGCCAAGAGAUUCUCCUACUCUGCUAAGCAAACACUUUUCAGUCUUUCUUGUAAAUGGCUUACUUCCUGACUACUGGAAAACGUCUACUAAUAUUCAAGUAUUUAAGUCUGGCUGUCGUUGAAAUGUUCAGAGCAAUCGAGGUGUCUAUAAAACACCGUCACUCGCGAAAAUACUUGAAGUAAUUAUCGCCAUGAAAAUUACCGACUUUUGCAUAGCCAACUAAUCUAUUAGCCCUUCCCAGCAGGGUUAUUUAACGGAUCACUCUUGUGAAACAUGUCAUCUGUCGUUUCUCAGUCUACUUACUUCUCUUCGUCAUGACCAUUUAUCUGUUGUCGUUAUUUAUUUAUUUCGAUCUUAGUUAAGCCUUCGAUAAAAUGCCACAUAGAAGACUCUCAGUUAUAUAACAAGCUCUGGGGCUUCGCAGUCUUCUUAUAGACAGAAUGAAGUCAUCCUAUCUUAUCGUAAACAAAAGCCCUUUUGUAAGUGGUGUCCUACAAGGUGUCGUUUUAGGUCAUCUAUAGUUCUGGCUUUAAAUAAAUUAUAACUCGCCGGAAGUUAAGCCUUCUCAGUCAUUUUUUAUGCCGAUGAUCUCAAAGAUGUAUAUCCAUUCAAUAAAUUUACGACCCUUCAAUGCCUGGAGUAAAUCCAUGCCGAAUUCUUUGCACUCUCAGCUUGAAGGUCAAAAUGGCUAAUCAAAUUCUCCCCCUAUAAAUUACACCAUAUGUCUUUUGGACCUGACAGGUUACGCUAACCAGUGGUCUUUCAAGGAACACUUAUAACUGAAUGUGUCACCAUUAAGGAUUUAGAUAUAAGAUACACAAAUAAUCUUGAUCUUUUGACACACGGUGACAGAAUUACAGCCAAAGCUUCCCAGAUUUGUGGCUUUAUUUCUUACAAUUUCUAUCUUCCCGAAUUAAGAUUAUAUUCUAUCGUAUGUUUCUGCUUCCCAUUCUCGAGUAUUGCUGCUCAUUCUUUGGUUUGAUGAACGAAACCAUUCAUCAAAAAAUAAAAACAGGUCAAAGACAUUUUACUGAGAAAAUUUAAGGCACGGAACACCCGGAUAUCUGCUACUCAGAUAAAUGCCAGCUAACUAACCUAAAAGUGUUAUGGGAUGGAAGACUGAAAGCAGGCUUCUGUUUCCUUCUUCGCAUUGAUAAUAGCUCUAAUCUUCCUAGAAUUACAGCAAAAAACCCCUAGUAAUCUCCCAUAAUAUCUUCGCAACUCGUUAUUGAUUAUACCUCCUCCCGCUUCAUCCACGACGAAGCGCUCUCUUUUGUCGCUUCCACGCAUACUUUCCUCUAAAAUAACCUUCCAAUAGAUAUAAGAUCUUCAGAUAAUCUACAGACAUUUAAGAGCCAACUGCGCCUUUAUCUGAAUGCUGACUCGAUUAAACCUUUAUUUUCCUCACCCUUCCCGGACGAAUUUGCUAUGACAGUGAGAAUGGACCAACAGGAAUUAAGGACGUCUACAUUUCCGUCUUUUGUUUGGAGUAUCGCUUUCUAAUACCCCCCAUCAGAAAUGUUAAUUUCUUUGAUAUUUCAGUUUAUACAUCUUGUCCGUCACAGAAUGCGCUCUACCAAAGCUCUAGGUGGAACCCUCUGUAUUCGCCGUCUACUAGUAUUCUGGUCGCAUCUCCCUUGCCUCCUCGGCUGGACUCAAAGCUGAUUGUGACCGAUCGCGUCUGGGUUCCUUUCGCCUCGAGACUGGUUUUUUAUUCGCCAGCCUGACGUGACUGGCCUCAUCCGGCAUAUGAAUUCUGUCUUGAUGAUGCCCGUCCCGAACCUUUUACUUAAUACCGCAUGCAGGCCAGUCCUGUCUGACCCGCAUAUUUACCCCAUCAUGAAAUUCGUUAUACACUGUCACAUGCAGGCCGGUCUGGCCCGCUUUUUAUCCUUCGAUGAGCGCCAGUCUUUUUCUCCUAUAACGUUAGUCUAGUCACAUUUAUUUUGUUUAUUUGUUAGGGGAUUUUUCCUCACUCGCCCAUAAUUCUUCGUAACAGACUACUUAUUCAGUGGUUAUGAAUGUAGUGUUUUAUAAAUUCUAUAUACUGGUUCAAAAUCCUUGUAAAAAAUAUUUAUACUUGCUACGGACUGAACCCUACGGGUCUUGAAUAAAAGUUAUUUUUACCAUUAUUGCUAACUUAUAGGUGUUUUGACUAAAAUUACCUCGGAGGGAAUAAAGUCGUUAAUGUUCGUCUCAUUUCCGAACACUGAAAUCCUGGACUUUAAGAACGUCCAUCCGGAAUUUAAAGGUAGAUUCUAAAUGCGUUGUAUAUUCAGCUGGAUGCUCCCACCUUACUCUAAAGGUUCAAAAUGCUCUUUUUUAUAUGCUAAAUUUGCCAUUUAUUUUCUUAAGUUAUGGUAUUCUAGCACUUAAUUGUCCUCUUGUUAAGCCUAAGUAAAUUACGGACGACAGCGGGGAGCUUUUUACAUUUGCAUAAUUCACGGUAGUUUAUUCAGUCAGCUAACGAGUACCACGAUCGAAAGUACAUGAACUUCAAUUGCAGUCAUCGCAGUAUCAAGGUUCUCUCCUUGUUUCAACCCCAAACAAAUUGCGGACGCUAGCUCUCUUCUCGAUAUUUUAGAGAAACGACAGCAGGUAAUUUUGGGAAAAGUCUCCACACUAGCUGGUCCGCCCACUUUUCUCUCUCUGCUUGUGGUUUUCCUAUCAAAAUCUUCAAUCAAAUACCGUGACUUUAACAGCUCAUGCAUAAUAUCCUUCAUUUAACACGAUGUCCUAUUCAACCCAUUUCUCAAGCAAAUAAUCCAGGUCACAUUAAAUUCCACGCCUCCAACCUCCUGCGGUUGGCUCGCAGUCAAUCCCACACCACGGUUCUGGUCUGAUCUCGUGAAACCUAGCUUCACUAUGUGUUGUGUGGUGAAACCUCGUAUUCUCUUGCUUAUCUGCUUUCAUAUUUGCACUCUCCUUUUAUGAAAGACCUUCUCCGCACUUCCAUAUUCCCCAAAUCACACUUCUUUUCUCCUGGAGAUUUUUUAGCUGCAGUUUCCCGAGUUCUUCUAUCACUCUCAGUUUCGGACUUCUUUCACGGGUCCGUUCUGCGUCCACACCUUUUCUUAAAAGUCUAGUUUAGAGUUCUUUAAUAUCAUUAUGAUACUGUUUUAUGAGAAAAGACAAAGGGCCGACAACGACCCCGUUUUCGUGCCUGCGGACAAGGGGCGUUAAACGGUCGUAUUGGAAAGGACAGACUACAAUCAAAAGGCCAAAAGCUUGUUGGAGGAUCGUCAGUCCUAUGUCCCAUGCGAAUCCAACCUCAUGAAAACGCUAACACGCGAGAUUAACGCAACGCUGUUGGCAAUGGACAACUCGGGUGCAAUAUCCCCAAUCGACCGACGCAUGGCGAGAGCACAAGAAACGGCCCUAGCCCGAUUCUACGGUAGCCCAAAAGUGCACAAAGAGGACGCUCCUCUCAAUUCGAUUCAAUUCAAUUAAUUCAAUUAUUUUUAUUAAAGACCCGUCAAGGUCCCAUCAAAGCAAGUAAAAAUAAAUUAACAUGCAAAUUUUAGACGAGGAAGGCAGCCUAUCGUAUCACUAAAGGGCAUUCCAACAUACGGACUGGCAAAGUGGCUGUUCCAACGUCUCAAGUUUCUGACCUCCGAUUCGAACACCACAGUCAGCUCGUCAACGGAAUUCUUGGAGAAAGUUAAAGGGGUAAGUCUCCUGCCAAGCAAUAUCAUGGCUUCCUUUGAUGUCACGUCCAUUUUUACUUCUAUCCCGCAGGAACCGGCAGUCGAGACUAUCGAACUUCUCCUACAAGAGAAAUACGACGAAACGGAGAAUCGCCUGGGACACGCCAAAGUCAUCCAGCUCCUGAAGUUCUGUCUCAAGACGUUCUUUACGUUCGACGGAACAAUCUACGAGCAGGUGAAGGGAACGCCAAUGGGUUCGCCGAUUUCGAGACUAAGAGCCGAGGCGGUCCUACAACGGCUGAAGUCGCUGGUUUUCCGACACCACAAAACAAAAUUCUUGGCUCGGUAUGUGGAUGACACCUUCGACGUCAUCGAACGGGAUCAGGUGCUGACGUUCAAAGAACAUCUCAACGCCGUCUUUCCGGACAUUCAAUUUAGGAUGGGGGAGAAGGAAAGCAAUGUUAGGGGGCGCUCAUCGAUCGUUUAUACGGAACUCACUCGUUCCGUUGUGCCUUGA